AGAGGGAGAGGAGGCUGAAUUAGUGGGACAGACUGCAAGAAGAGAAACACAAGAGGUGGGCAGAGAUCUUGCAAGUCAAGGGCAUAGAGACCAGCGACAAAUUAACGAAAGAGAAUUUUCAACGGUUGCUGCCUCGACGCACACAGCAACAAAUGGUCGAGUUAAGACACCCCUUCGACCGGCACGCACCGACAGCGAGCACCGCGGUGGGCAUGCUGCAUUACGCCAAGCUGUACUACAUGGACAUUCUGACUUCUAGAUUUCCCCAGCAGAGCGUGAACCUCGAUCUGUCCAGGGACUCGGACAUGUGGGACGACACUACAGUGUGGUUGCAGCCUAAUGCGAGGCUGGACUUGGACAGGCCGCUCACGGUGGAAGAAGUGAAGCAGACUCUUAAGACUAUGGCCAAGGGAAAGUCCCCGGGCGUGGACGGUCUUACAGUCAAAUUCUACGUCGCCAACUGGGCGGCUUUCGGCCCUGCACUAGUGGAUAUCUACAACGAGGUCCUGGUGGGGGGAAAGCUGGGCAAGGGGAUGACACACGGAGUGAUUUCUGUGUUGUUCAAGAAGGGAGACAAAGCGGAGGUACGAAACUGGAGGCCCAUAUCGCUCUUGAAUGUCUCGUACAAGAUCUUGGCAAAGGCCCUGGCUCGUAGGCUGUCGAGGUUCUUACCGGAACUGGUGGAGAAAGAUCAGGGCGCCUUUGUUCAGGGCAGGUCGAUCUUCAACAACAUCGUCACAGCCAUUGAGACGCUGGAAGUCGUGCAGAAGGAGAACCUGGACACAGCAAUACUGCUCCUAGAUCUGGAGAAGGCAUAUGACAAAGUCGGGUGGACUUUCGUCCUCACCACGCUUCGGAAGAUGGGGUUCAGUGAAGGUUUCUGUGCCUGUAUUAUCGAUAUGUAUACAUACUCCACGUCGUCGGUGAUGAUCAACGGCCACCUGUCGGCGAGAUCCCUGAGACAGGGUUGCCCGCUAGCUCCUCUUGUCUUCGUCCUUCAACUGGAAGUGCUGCUGAACAGAAUCCGAAAGCACCCGAACAUUCGGGGCCUCAGAUUGCACACGGGCGAAGAAUGUAAGGUGAAGGCUUUAGCGGAUGAUUUGCUUGCAGUGAGCGAAAACUCGGUAUCAUCGCUGGCGGCGCUGAAAGGGGUUAUGCUGGAGUAUUCUGAGUUGUCUGAGGCGUCAGUAAAUUGGACCAAAUCGGUGUUCCUCCUUCCAGAACAGUUCGUACUGAGAGUGGAGUGGGGUAUGAGAAGAGUGGAGCCAGGGGAGGAGGAGAGAUUUCUGGGAGUGCUUAUCAGCCUUCAACUCGAAAUGUCGACGCAGGGCCUUCUCCUGCAGCAGCGCAUUGCAGCAAGGCUCAAAACAUGGGAAGUUACUUGGCACCUGUCCCUGCUAGGGAGGGCCCUAGUGGCCAACGUAGCGCUGUUCUCGAUUCUUUGGUUCGUUUCAACAGUCAGAGAACUGGCAACGGGGAUCAUAAGGGCAGUCAAGAGACUAGUAGGUCGCUUCAUAUGGAAACCCCGGGCACGGCUCACUGAGGGUUUCAUCUCUAAGGUGGCGAUGGAUACUCUUUCUUUCCCGCGUUCCAAAGGAGGUCUGGGCCUCUCGGACCCAGCGCGCAGAAACCAGGCUCAGUUGCGCAACUGGGUAGCCAAGCUGGCCACCUUAACAUCCAGGGAGCAUUGGGUAGGGACUGCAGAACAGAUUCUGAUGUCGGAAUGGAGUCUGAGCAGGCCACAGGAUGUUUGGGACUGUUUCUUUAUCCCGUCCUUCCACAAGAAAAGACUCAAGUCCAGAUUCUGGGAGCCGAUCAGGAAGGCGUGGAAUCGCCUCCCUCCGGAUCUGCAGAGCUCCCCGACCACAAAGGAUGAAGUUCUGAUGCAACUGCUGUUUGAAAAUCCGGCCGUGACAGACCGAAACGGGCAUCCGUUCAAAGCGGACGGCUCCACAGGCUCCUUUGGCCAAGCCUGGGUCAAACGGGGUAUAGUCCGAAUUUCAGAUUUGUGGUCAAAGUUGCUGGGUUGCUGGAAGCCCCCGGCAGACAUCAAGCAACAGCUCAGAGGCUUACAGAGGGUGGAAGAAAACUGGCGUCACUUAAUCCAGGGCAUUCCACAGGAAUGGAGGUCGCUGUUGGGACCAGAAGGGGUGGACCCGGAGGAUACCUGGUAUGUCCCAGACCAAGCUGCUGAACCAGGGAUGUUGUGGAAAGUCAAGGUAAUUCUUCCCAGCGGCUUCAGGCGUAUCGAGCGCUGGCGUUGCGAAAGCCCUGCUAAUGUCCUAACUCUGGUGGAACAAGAUACAAUCUUCAGCUGGAGCAACCCAUCACAGGCAAGAGUCCUGGAAGUACGAGGCAGAAGUGCCUCGACCCUCUCGCUCACUUGGGUAGGAAGACUCCCACUCAACCAGCUCUGUGUGGACCCUCUAGCAUGGAGCUGGUCAGCGGGUGCAGGUGAAGAGAAAGCUUUGAGGAUUGGAGAAUACUCGGUGGCUCAGGGUUACCAACAGCUAUCACGAAAGUUAAAGUCUCCAGCGCAAGUAGCCAUCCCUCGCUGGCAGGCGAUUUGGGAAGAGGACCUGCCGGAUGCAGAGGCGGAAUUCGAAAGGCUGUGGGAGAGUCUGUCAAACCUCCCAAACGGCAAGAGCCUGUAAGCUAAGCUGGCUGAUGCUGUCAGUAUUUCCCGGGUUGAAUUGUGAGGUCCCCGGCCUCGAAGUCCAUUUAUAAUGAAUUGAAUUGAGUUAA